AGAUUUUUGAUAUUCGGCAUGCCAUGCCAGUACACGCUGUCCUUCAUAGAAAUCGGAUAUUGUAGGGAUUUGGCGGUGUGCAGAUUUUCCCUGCUGAGUACUACUCUUUUUCUUCAUUUUCGAAUAUUGUUCGAACAGAGAAGUACACCAGGAAGGUCUUUGGUAAAAAGUAGACGAAGUGUGCGGAACACCUGACUAUUGAUCAAGAAUACAGUACGACCUGGUACGGAUGACAACAGUUCGACCGAAGACCAGUAAGGAAAGGAUCGAACAAGGUUGGGAAUUAGUGUUCACCAAUGAUUUGAGUGAACGCUAAAUAUGUGAAACCACGUAAUAAAACAAUCAAACUUUGAAUUACGCUCGACUAUUUCUCCUUAAAUAACGAAAUACUAAGAGUGAGAUGUGUACAAGUGUCCACACUCGCAAAAACAAACAACCUGAUAAAUGAUCAGGGAUUCACAACUGCUCCAGAGAAAGCAGAAAAGCUAGCACUACUGACAGUAACGUCAGCGCUAAACUAAUAGUAACGUAAGAGGUAUACAAGUACCUACACCGAAAUAUCACAAACUGAUAUACGAUCAGGGAUUCACAGUAAAUUCGCCUAGGCGAGAUCGCCAAAUGUAAAGGAAACGAUGCCUUUACUGAGUUUAUUAUAAAAUAGACUGACAUGUAAGUGCUGUACAAUGAGUAUAUAUAGUGCAAGUAACAAAGAGAGAGUGAUUAACGUACACACAAAAGGAGAGAGAUGAAAUAUGAAUGGAGGGAGAUAGAAUGAACAAUGAGAGACUGAAUGGAAAGAGUGAACGUAUGUACUGAACAAGGAGAGGAGGAAGAAAGUGACGGACGGAGAAAUGAAUAUUGAUAGAGUGUAUGUGAAUAUGAGAGUCAGUUGAAGGAGAGGUCAUUAUUCUUUACAGUCUCAUCAUUACUUCCGACUCCUCUACAGCCUAUAAAUAGAGCAAUAGAUAUUCUUUAGACGGCACGUUUACAGCCCCAGAUUUUAAUCAAGAACAAACAGGCCAUGUUUGUCCAAGAAGGGUUGUCCAGAGACAAUCGUCCCUUCGUCUUCAAAACUCCGCUGAAGUUGUGGAGCUUCCUUCAGCAGUCACUACAUCAUUUCAGCGAAGUUCUCCCGUGCAACCGGUAAUGAAUCAACAAAGUUCACAACCGAUCAGAUCAUCUGCCGCUCCUCCAACAUUAAUUGCUAACCAACAACAAACUAUUCGAAAUACAGGAAGUCGUAUUCGUGGGCGGAGAGAAGUUCAGAGACAGCAGCAACAAAAUACAAAUGAUGUUAAUCAAGAUUCGGUUAAUAUAAGUACCGAUGAUCCUCAUCCAACUCGUGGUGAUCAUCCGACAAGAACAACAACUACAGGGAUGAUGCGAGAGGCAAUUAAUCGCUAUAAUGAUUUUUUGGAUGAAGAUUUUGCGCUCUAUACUCGAAUUAACGGGAUGCUGGACGAUCUGUAA